GAAGGAAUGAAAUCUCGAGAGCCUCCAAGUCUAUCUGCUCUGUCAGACACCGUGUCAUGUUCCAAAGGACAGAAAGCGUGUCUCAAACUGAGCCUUACUGCCAGCCCUCACGUUGACAUAAAGUGGUACAUAGAGAGCGAGCAGCUGGAGGAUGGUGGUCGGUAUCGCAUGAUUGGAAACUCGAAUUCAGUGAUACUUGAGAUCAGUGACGUCACAUCGGAAGACUCUGGGCUUUACAAAUGUGUGGCAUCGAACGAUUAUGGACUGGAUGCUUGCAGUAUCACACUUGAAGUUCAGGAUGUUCCCAGUUCUCCUGGUCCAAUCACUGUCAGCAACAUACUAUCCAAAUCGGCUCAACUAAAUUGGACACCCCCAGCCAGCACAGGCAACCUUCCAAUAUCCCACUACACCAUCGAUAAACGAGUGGCUGGUGAGAGUCCAGGAGAAUGGGAAGAAGUGUCUUCCUGUUGUAGAGACACACAGAAACUCGUGUUUCAGUUGAACAGCGGACAGAGCUAUGAGUUUAGGGUUCAUGGAGUGAACGUAAUUGGAAAGAGCUUGCCAAGCUUGUCACCAGAAAUUAGAACGAGACAUCGGACAUCGCCAGCAUUAGAUGACGGCCCACUCUCCCACGCAACUCAAAAGAAAGAACUAAAGGACGAACCCACAGAAGACUACUACAAAAUGCAAGACGAUAUCGCCACGGGCAAGUACGGACCCAUAAAGAAAUGCGUUGAGUUGAAAACGGGUCAGACGUAUGCUGCGAAGCAUUUGCGUCACUUGAGGAGCAGACAGUUACAGCAAGCUCUACAGGAAGUCGACAUCUUGAAUGGUCUACGUCAUCAGCAUGUUGUCUACAUGAAGGAUUCCUUUCAUUUGGAGCACAAAGUUGUUGUCAUCAUGGAAUUAUGUCAUAAAGGCAGUUUGUUUGACCAUAUUAUUCAGCAGUCUGAAUUCACAGAGGAUGAUGCCAGUCGAUACAGCUCACAGAUUGUCUCAGCUUGUGCUUAUCUUCACGAGUGUGGGAUUGUUCAUCUUGAUUUAAAACCUGAGAAUGUUAUGAUUGAUAGACCGGACAACGCUGCUGUGAAGUUGGUUGGGUUUAACAAGGCGCAGAGGAUGAACCCAGACACAGAGAUCAGAAUUGUGUCUGGAGAUUCAGAAUUUUUAGCUCCAGAGGUUCUCAGCUACGACCCCGUCAGUCCAGCAACAGACAUGUGGAGUGUGGGCGUAAUCGUCUUUGUACUGUUGAGUGGAGUGUCUCCAUUCUAUAGUGACAGUGUGCAACUGCUGCAUCACAACGUUCAGUCUGCUUCGUAUUCGUUUGGUGAAGACUGUUUUGACAUCAUCUCUACAGAUGCGAAGAUAUUUAUUCGGCAUUUACUCAUUGCUGAUAGCAGGCAUCGGUGGUCAGCGGCUGAAUGUCUUCAGUCGGCAUGGCUGCAGGAUCCAGUCCCAGAUACGAACCUCAACUCCUCAGCUCUUCGAGCAUUCAUCGCUCGACGUCGUGUCAAGAAAUCUGCUUCCUUACGAACUCCUCUUAGCCAGCAAGUCUCAUGUGCAUUCACCCAACACAUACAACAACCAACCGACUCAACAGAAGCCGAAGACCAUUGCCCUCCCAGCUUCGUCGCUCCAAUCUGCGACAUAUUUGUCCACGUCGGUCGUUCAGUCAGUUUCAUUUGUUCUAUUAAUGGAUACCCGGAGCCGGUAGUCACGUGGUUCUACAAUGGUCGUGAGCUUGAUUCGUCCGGGGUCAGCACACGUAUGAAGAUACGACAGAGAGGAGACGUUCUCUCGUUGGUGAUAACGGCAGCGAAGAGACACGACGCCGGCCAGUACUCGUGUAGAAUAGAGAAUCAGUACGGCGACGCCACGGCGUCAGCGACUCUCAUCGUGUCGGAUAACCCUCCUGCACCGUAUCAACCGUCUGCUCACCAACUAGAACAAACGACGGCUUUAGUCUGUUGGGAGUCGCCGACGUCGAACACCGAUACGUCGGUCACUUCAUACACGGUCGAGCGUCGACGAAUGGACCACGACACGUGGGAAACUGUCGCUUCGAAUGUCAACAGUUGCUCGUUCGUGUGCGAAAACCUCCUUCCGAAACACGAAUAUCAGUUUCGUGUCAUUGCUGUGUAUGAGGACGGUGAGAGUAAUCCAAGUGAUAUAACAGGAGCUGUUGCUAUUGACGAUCUGGAUGAAAGGAGCAACGUGUGCCUACAGAGAGCAGACGUAGGAAGUUUGUAUGACAUGCAAAGAGAGCUUGGACGCGGCCGGUUUGGUGUUGUUGUGAUGUGCAAAGAGAAAAGCAGCGGUCAUCAGUUUGCUGCUAAGCGCAUUGUUCUUGAUAGUCAGAUGGCAUCUGAUGAUGCCUGGAGAGAGUUUGAAGCUCUCCAAAGGAUUUGUCAUCCAAGACUGGCUUUACUAGAGGCUGCGUUUGAAACAAGCAACGAGCUGAUUUUAAUAGAAGAACUUGUUGAUGGAGGAGCUCUACUAAACCAUCUCGCCAACAUGGGCGAAUGCACCGAGGAAGUCGCUGCAUCAUACAUCAGACAGAUUCUAGAAGGUCUCAACUACCUCCACCAAAGACACAUUGCUUAUCUGGAUCUCACGCCUGAGAAUGUUCUAGUGACUGCCAAUCAUCAAGACGUAAAGCUCGUUGACUUUGGUGAAUCAAGGAUUAUCACGGGGUUGAUGACUGUGAGCAUGGACGUCAGCAGACUGGAUUUUAUGGCUCCUGAGGCAUUGACUGCUCAGCCUGUGGUGGCAGAAACAGAUAUAUGGAGUGUCGGUGUAUUUCUGAUGAUCAUAUUGACUGGAAAACCACCGUUUUCAACUUCUAGUGAAGAUGAAACUAUACGAAAUGCUUGUCGUCUUCAAUUUGUAGAUGCGUCCGUCAGCUUCUCUCAGAUGUCGACAGAUGCUGAACAAUGUGUUCGUCACAUGUUGGUUUUAGAGCCAAGUUCUCGGUCGUCAGCGGUUGACUGUUUAAGAUUGAAAUGGUUGAAGGCGACAGCAGCUCACAAAAUGAAACGAUCGGCAAUUCGAAUCAGAACAAGCAAUCUUCGAGUAUUUCUAACAGACAGAGCCACAAAGAUGCAAAAGCAGCACUCAAGUUCUUGGGAUGAAUCGACGGCGUGACUCGUUCUCGUAAUUGAAAUUGCCACACUUUUACAUACAAAGUCGGACACUGUCAUUGAACUGCUACACCGUGUCAGUCUCAUGCCGUUUGCUGUCACGAUCGCAUUGAUUCUUUGUAUGUCAUAUUGGGUUUUGGUACUUGACUGAUAGUUGAUAGCCUUUACACUCUCGUGCAUAUCAUGUGCUGUUUAAUUAGUAAAAAUUAAUUACAAAAUAGUAUAAUUAUUGCUUUUUUUGUUAGAAAUAUAUGUUGGGAACACUUGGCUUGGA